GUUGGUUGCAAUUGAAAUCUGUGAUUUUUUGCUCUAAAAGAAAUUCAUUUUGCCCUGUGUGUUGAACGAUGAAGUUGAAAUCAGUAAUAGCCAUCCUUAUUGUGUGCUCUGCAAUCCCAUCAAUUGUCCAAGGAUUCUUCCUUCGGCGUCCAGAGUAUGAGGAUUCGCAGCACAAUCGCUUCGACAUCUUCAUCCAGGAAUUGGUGAAAUUCAAGAUAAGACUGAUUAAGAAUAUCAUCUACCCCCUCCUUGUGGAAGUCCCGUGGAAGAGACUUUUUGAACCGGAAAAAUACUUCCAUGAAGAGAUGCAGAAAAGGAAUCGCUCCUCGGACGCACCAGUUGCAUCCGAUGAUCCUCACAGGGAGAAUAAAACGCAAGAAGUGCCACCGAGUGUGGAACCAGUAUCCCUCAUUAGGAAUGACUUCCCCACAAAUGAAAUGAUUCGCCUGGCAAUGCCCGAUGACGAUGUCCUCUUCCAGGAUUCGGAGGAAUUUGACGAAGUUGAGCUGCUCAGAGCUAUUCCGGAUAUUGUGGAACAAAUGCGAUUGGGACGUGUUACGCAUGAGGAGAAGAUCUUAAUGCAAAGUGUGUACGGGGAAUUGUGGCCACUGAUUGAGCAGGAGGCACGUCGUGAUCGGUGGCGAGAGAUGAAUCCCAUCCUCAGAGCCAUCUUUAAUUCACGCGAACUCCAAAUGACCACAACGGCGGGAACACGAAAGGCACGUGCCACCAAUGAUGUGCACUGGAACACCCUCAACACCAUCAACCACAAACCAAAGACAAAUCUCCGGGCGAAGAGGCACAACCCCGGUGCACCACCAUCUGUACGCCUCAUGGACACUGUGGCCAUUCUUGUACGUGAAUCCCUCCGUGGGAAUCUCAAGAGCCCCAAAAAGGAGCUUGAGCGGAAGAAGAGACUCGCGAAGAAGCGACUCGAGAAGAAGCGACAAGAGAAGAAGAGACUCGAAAAGGAGCGCGUGGAGGCUGCCUACCGGAAGGCCAGCACAAUCAUCUACAAAAUGCCACCACGAGAUGUUCUGACGCCACCGCAAAAGGGGCACUUCAAUUCAAAUUUUAUUGUACAUAAAAUGCAAAAUCAAUAAAGAUUCUUCUGUUUGAUUGAAAAUUCAAUAAUAAACUUUUAAUUCCAUUAUAUUACAAA